AUGGACAGUCCAUUGUCCAAAAAGCAGAAAACUCAUGUAAAUCAAAGCGAUGAUUCCUCUCAAGCCGAAGAAUCUCCGGACGUGACAAGAGCCUCAAGAUCAAGAACCCCCAGAAAGCUAGUAUUGGGCUCUCCAGACAAGAGAUUUGCGCUUUCUCAGCCUGUAAGUUCUUCUUCAAAUGUGCCAUUCCUUCAGCCCUUGAAGGACGAGCUUCCGAGUUCCAGAGGUCGUGUUUAUUCGCAAUCGCCUCCAAGAUCACCAAACAGAUCUCCAACGCGGAAGUUGGAGCUGAUACAGCUUUCGCCAAUGAAAAAAUCAAGGCUCGAAAUGCAAAAACUUCAAGAGUCUCGUAAUGAGCUAGAAUCCAUCGAACGUUUAUGCAUAAGCCGCCUCGUUUUACAUAAUUUUAAAUCCUACGCCGGGACGCAAGUUGUUGGGCCAUUUGAUUCUUCGUUUUCCGCUGUGGUGGGUCCCAAUGGAUCCGGAAAGUCUAAUGUCAUUGAUUCGCUCCUUUUUGUGUUCGGCUUCCGCGCCAACAAGAUGCGCCAGGGCAGAUUAUCGGAAUUGAUUCAUAAGUCAGAAGCCUUCCCCGAUCUCAACUACUGUCAAGUUGACAUACUUUUCCAGUAUGUCCAAGAUGAACCCGACGGGAGUACUACCGUGAAGACCAGUAAGCCAGAGCUCGUCAUCUCCAGAAAGGCUUUAAAGAACAACUCAUCGAAAUAUUACAUUAAUGGGAAAGAAGGCACUUUCACCCAAGUAACGCAACUCUUGAGAAAAGAGGGCAUAGACAUGGAUCAUAAAAGAUUUCUAAUCUUGCAAGGAGAGGUUGAAAGCAUUGCACAGAUGAAGCCAAAAGCAGAAAAAGAAAGUGAUGAUGGGUUACUGGAAUAUCUCGAGGAUAUCAUUGGUACUGCGAAAUACAAACCGCUCAUAGAACAAGUGCUGAUCGAAAUCGAACGGCUAAAUGAAGUUUGUCAAGUGAAAGAAAACCGAUUUGAAAUUGUUGAACGCGAGAAGAGUUCGUUGGAGUCAGGCAAAGAUGAAGCACUUGAGUUUCUUGAAAAGGAGAAAAGACUUACUAUUUUACGAAGCAAAUUAUUGCAGUACAGACAUUGGAAAAACGACGAUAAACUUCUCAGUACAAAAAACAAGAAAGCGGUACUUGAACAAAAGUUAGCUCGGGAAAAGGAGAAAUACACAAAGCAACAAGAAGAGCUGAAAGAGCUGGAAGACGGUAUUGGUUCUAUUAAACGAGAUCUGAAAUGCCACCGAGACAAAGAGAAUACCGUCAUGGUGAGGAAACGCAACUGCGACCGCGAAAGGGUGUCAUCUGAAGAAAAACUAAAAAAUCUUGAACAGAAGAAGGUGAAAUGGGGUAAAUCUCAACAAGUCAUAAAAGCUUCUAUACAGACUACGGAAGCAAAGUUGAAAGAGCUCUUGAGAGAUCAAGAAGAGCUCUCUGCCGAGUUUAAAGAGUUGAACGAAAGCCUGGCAGUGGAAAAAACCAAAUUGAAUGAAAUCAAGCUCUCUCUGCGAGACAAAACGGGUACUAUUUCGGAACAAAUCGGAAGUAUCGAGAGUGACUUGGAACCGUGGAACGUGCAACUUCAGGCUAAAAGAUCUCAAAUAAAGUUGGAAGAGACAACAAUUUCAGUGCUUAAGGAAUCCCACGCUAAAAUAGCUCAGGAGAUUAAAUCUACUGAAGACGAAAUUUCGAAUUUUCACCAGAACACCGCUGAACAUCAUGCAGUCAUUGCGUCGCUAGUCCAGGAACAAACUGAAGUCAGGAAACAGCUGACUAUGGGACAAAGUGAGUGUGAUAAUGCGUCUAUCAAAAUAAAAGAAAUGAAAUUAGUACUCACUGCACACCGUCAACGUAGCGUUGAUGCCCGGUCGUCGCUAUCGACUUUCGAGAAUAAGAACAAGGUGUUAGCAGCACUACACCGUUUACAAAACUCUGGUCGCAUUUCUGGCUUCCAUGGCCGCUUGGGAGAUUUAGGAACUAUUGACGACAAGUACGAUGUUGCAAUAUCAACUGCUUGUCCGCGACUUGAUGAUAUCGUGGUAGAGACAGUGGAAUGCGGUCAACAGUGUAUUGAAUAUUUGAGGAAAAACAAACUUGGGUAUGCGCGAUUCAUUCUGCUAGAUAAGCUACGAUCAUAUAACUUACGUGCGAUAGCAACACCCGACGGUGUACCUAGGCUCUACGACUUAGUCCGACCAGCCGAUGAGAAAUUCCGAAGCGCUUUCUAUAGCGUUUUGAGGGACACGCUGGUAGCAAGGGAUUUGCCCGAAGCUAAUCGGGUGGCUUACGGUAAACAAAGGUUCAGAGUGGUGACGCUGGAUGGUAAAUUAAUCGACAUUUCGGGUGCAAUGAGUGGUGGGGGUAAUUAUAAAGCUAGUGGGAUGAUGAAAUCAAAACGUCAAGAAAGCGUCGGGACUUACACAACAGAAGAAGUCGAACAGAUUGAUAAUGAACUCGCAGAGAGGGAAAAGAACUUUCAGAUCGCAACAGAAACACUUCAUGAAAUGGAGGAAGCACUUCAAGGACUAAAGGAUCGGGAGCCUGAAAUUGGAUUGAACAUAUCUAAAAGAGAAAUGGAUAUCGACUCAUUGUCCUUGGAAAUAAAAUCGGGCGAACUGAAACUAAUUACUCUUCGCAAAGAACAUCAGCGAAGGGAGUUAUCUGAUCAUGAACUAAAUGAAGCAGAAUCCAAUCUAACAAUUUUGAGGAAGGAGUGCAAAGAACUAGAGGAAGAGAUGAAGUCCAAAAAAAAUGAAAUUAAAAAGCUUCAAGAAGAAAUAAUGCGCAUAGGCGGUACGAGUUUGCAGAUUCAAAACUCGAAGGUUGAUUCAAUAUCACAGCGUCUUGAGAUUAUCCUGGCUAAACAGAAAAGAGAUAGGACAGCUCUGAAAAAAGCUGAAAGUGAUGUGAAGCGUUUUCGAAAGCAGGAAGAGGAGCUCGCUAGAGAUGUCGAAACUUGUAGCGGGGAAUUGAGUAAGAUAGCAAAUUCUCUUUCUGCUUCUGAGGCAGAAAUUUGUGAACUGAACAAAAACCUUGAAAAGCUAGCAAGCGAUAUCGAAGAUUCCGAAGAGCACAUGCGGCAAGCGGAAGAGUGUCUAAAAGAAAAAUCGAGUGAAGACAACGGAUUCAAGGUCUUAGAGGUUGACCUCAAUAAUCAGCUUGAAAAGCUCAAUGACUUGAUUAGACAUGUAGAAAAGGAGGGGUAUUUGCUUCAAAAAGAAAUCGACGCAUUAAAAAUUCGAGACGUCACGACAACGCUACAGAUGUUAGAUGAAGACAUUCUUCCGCAAAACUACCUUGAAGCAACACUUGGAAGCUCGAAGAGCGAUAAAAAGGAUGCUUCCGAUGAUCACAAUAUAGGCGCCAUGGAUCUUGAUGAUUCGGAAGAACUUGGGACCGCCUCAAGAGAUCUCGAAGCAAAAGCCGGUAGUGUCGAUGGCGAUAUGCAAAGCGACGAUGAUAUGCAAAGCGAUGAUGAUAUGCAAGUCGACGAUAAUGUGCAACCUGAUCAUGAUAUGCAAGUCAAAGACUCUAACGGAAAAGCACAUGUCGGAUUGGCCAAGUUGAUUCAGCCACAGCUCGAGGCUUUAAACGUGGAGGAAAUUGAGCUGGAAAUGGGACAGCUCGAGGAUUAUCUCGAGAAUGCCCACGCUAACAUCGAAGUUCUUGAGGAAUACGCCAAGAGUCUCGUGGAUUUCCGAGCUCGGAAGCUGGAUCUCAAUCAAGCUGUGCAGAAACGCGACCAGAUACGUCAGAGUAGUGAAGACCUGAAAAAGAACAGGCUCGAUGAAUUCAUGAAUGGCUUCAACACAAUUUCUUUGACAUUAAAGGAAAUGUAUCAAAUGAUCACAAUGGGUGGUAACGCUGAACUAGAGUUAGUAGACAGUUUAGACCCAUUUUCAGAAGGCGUCCUUUUCAGCGUGAUGCCUCCGAAGAAGAGUUGGAGAAAUAUUUCCAAUCUCAGUGGUGGAGAGAAAACGCUGAGUUCUUUGGCGCUCGUGUUUGCCUUGCAUAAGUACAAGCCAACGCCUCUGUAUGUGAUGGACGAGAUAGACGCGGCGCUUGACUUUAGAAAUGUCUCUAUUGUCGCAAAUUACAUUAAGGAGCGAACCAAAAAUGCUCAAUUCAUUGUAAUCUCGCUUCGUAAUAAUAUGUUUGAAUUGGCGCAACAACUAGUGGGAAUCUAUAAAAACAAGAACAUGACAAAGAGUGUGGCACUGCGAAAUAAGGACCUAAUAGAUAGGAAUUAA